AGUUUUGUCUUGGAGAUGGCAUUGCUGGGAGCAAUGUUGUCGUGAUCUUCAGACCCCGGGUUCUUUUGUAUACACGUUUAGUUUGCCUUUUCUAAUUGGGUAGGGUAGUGGAGGCAAACCGAAAGUCUUGGGGUGGGGGAAGUGAGUGGAGGCUGCAAACGACUGAGGAGUCGCCGGAGUUGAGGGAUCCACGUUGAAGACUAUUGCCCAGAAGAAAAGAUGUUUGGUUUUCACAAGCCAAAGAUGUACCGAAGUAUAGAGGGCUGCUGUAUUUGCAGAGCUAAGUCCUCCAGUUCUCGAUUCACUGACAGUAAACGCUAUGAAAAGGACUUCCAGAGCUGUUUUGGGUUGCAUGAGACUCGUUCAGGAGACAUCUGUAAUGCCUGUGUCCUGCUUGUGAAAAGAUGGAAGAAAUUGCCAGCAGGAUCAAAAAAAAACUGGAAUCAUGUGGUAGAUGCAAGGGCAGGACCCAGUCUGAAGACAACAUUGAAACCAAAGAAAGUGAAAACUUUAUCUGGAAACAGGAUAAAAAGCAACCAGAUCAGUAAACUACAGAAGGAAUUCAAACGUCACAAUUCUGAUGCUCACAGUACCACCUCAAGUGCCUCCCCAGCUCAGUCUCCUUGUUAUAGUAACCAGUCAGAUGAUGGCUCAGAUACAGAGAUGGCUUCUGGCUCUAACAGAACGCCAGUUUUUUCCUUUUUAGAUCUCACGUACUGGAAAAGACAGAAAAUAUGUUGUGGGAUUAUCUAUAAAGGCCGUUUUGGAGAAGUCCUCAUUGACACACAUCUAUUCAAGCCUUGCUGCAGCAAUAAGAAAGCAGCUGCUGAGAAGCCGGAGGAGCAGGGGCCAGAGCCUCUGCCCAUCUCCACUCAGGAGUGGUGACUGAGGUUUAGGUAGAAGGGGAACAAAAAAACGAUUUAAAUUUUGGAAAGAAAACAAAGCAACAAAACCCUCCUAUUUUUAACUUGGAUACCUGCUAUUCUGCCAAAAGACACUUUCUAGAAUAGUUUUGAAUGGGUUGUUAUUUCUCCUCCAGUUCCACAAACUCUGAAGCCAGUGUCUAGCUUACUAAAAGAAAAAAAGUGUACAUAAUAUUUAAGAUGCUGAGUAUUUCAUAGGAAAGCUGAAUGCUGCUGUAAAGUGCUCUUUAAGUCUUUUUUUUUUUUUUUAAUCCCCUUCUAAUGAAUGAAUCUAGGGGAAUUUCAGGGGACAGAGAUGGGAUUUGUUGUAUGAUAACGUAUGUAGUUUUAGUCUUUCUAUAUUGAGAAGCAGUGGUUGGGGCAUUUUUAAGAUGGCUGGCUAUACUUGUUUUCCUUCAUGAUAAUAAAUUUGUCAUAACUCAGUAACGUGGACUUGCCCCAAGAGGUAGUUGUUAAUAAUUUAAGGUCUUGCCAAGGUUCUGAUGAUUCAAACCUGUACUACUGAAUAUUAAGCAGGACAGACUAAGCUCUCUGGUGCAAAUGCCUUGAAGGAGUAGUUUCUAAACAUACAGAGAGGUAACUUGAGUGUAUAUGUUGCAUCCUCUGUCACCUCCCUCCAUAUUCAUUUUUGAUAAAGAUUUUAAUCUAUAUUGAAACUUCUAAAGCAGAAUCAAAGCUCCUCUGGGGAAAUGUCAAGUUUUAGGAUGAGCAAUCCUAAAUGAAGAGAACCAAAGCAUUACCGCAUGGUAGAGAUCACAUUCUAUUAAAAAUGUUAAAUUAUCUUUAAAAAUGUACAAGUCUUCAGGAUGGCACACACAAAAAAACAAAGGUUAAUGCUUCUUGGGGCACAUUUCUUAGAGGGCUUGCUUAGUGUGUAAAUAAUUGACUUUUGUUUGUGUUACAUGACUGGUGACUUCAUUGAAAAUCUGCGCAAUUCAGUUUUAGCUCUGGAUUACUUCAGUUGACCUUUGUGAAGGUUUUGUCUGUGUAGAGUGGUUGUUUGACUGGUUUUAACCUAUUAGGGUUUGGGGUUUUUUGUUUUGUUUUGUUUUUUUUCCACUCUAUAUUAAAGUAAAAUUCUAAAAGAAAA